AAAAAUUCAUCCACGAUUGUUCUUCUUUGCACAAACCAACAACAACAACAUAACUCAAGAACCGAACAAGAGAAGGAAAAUGGGUCUUCGAAUAACAUUGGUGGUGGUGAUGAUUUGAAGAAAGAUCAACCUCCUCCCUUUAACAAUAUCAAAUCGGGUGAUUUGUUACCGAACCCGCAUCCCGUCAUUUUCAAGAACCACUCUUCUCCAUCCCCAAACCACCCUCCCUCUCCAUUAUUUCCCUCUCAAAAUCUCCAGAAAAAUUCAUCCACGAUUCUUCCUCUUUGCACAAAGCAACAACAACAACCUAACUCAAGAACCGAACAAGAGAAGGAAAAUGGGCCUUCGAAUAACAGUGGUGGUGGUGAUGAUUUGAAGAAAGAUCAACCUCCUCCCUUUAACAAUAUCAAAUCGGGUGAUUUGUUACCGAACCCGCAUCCCGAAAACAUCUUGGUUGUUGGAUUAACUGGUUUGUUUGCUUAG